UGUAAGCUAAAUUUUGAUUAGUUAGAAUCUUAUGCACUCUUUGAAAGAAUUUAUUUCAUUGGACAGGAUUGUAAAUAGAUGAAACAUGGCAGAGAUCAGUACAAAACAGAAGUUGCUUUCACUCAUAGAAGAUGUGGAGCUCAUUUCUAAGGAACUGUUUGAAGUGGCAGCUACACCGAAAAGUCAACAGAAGCCAGAUGCAAUGGAUUCUGUGACAUUGGUUGAGUUGGUGACAAUGAAAGACAAAGAAAUUAAAGAAACUUUAAAAUUAGCUGCUGAGCAAGCAGAAAUCCAGAAGACAAUCGAUGAACUGAGGACGGAGGUGGACAAACGGGAUGCAGAGAUCAAACAUUUACAGAAGAAUCUCAAAGAAGCAGAAACAAUCCUGUCUACUGCAAUAUAUCAAGCUAAACAGAAAUUGACAGCCAUUAAUCAGGCAAACAAAAAGAAGAUCUCAUCCGAAGAACUGAUCAAGUUUGCCCACAGAAUCAGUGCCAGUAAUGCCGUGGCUUCACCCCCAACAUGGGCCCCAGGUGAUCCCAGAAGGCCAUAUCCUACAGAUUUUGAAAUGAGACUUGGAUUUCUUGGAAAAGCUGGUGAUCUCCCCUUAAAUACCCCUGUUUUACAAUCACAAGGUUCCUAUGGGGAUCCCAUAUCUAGUAACAGGAGUGGGGCUCAAACAGAGGGUACCCCCACUUCCUCGGGGUGGCACUCGUCAUCAGAGCUUGGCCUGGGAGCCAGUGGGAACCACAUUCUGUCAGACAUUAAAGGACACAAAACAGAGACUGAGGAUGUGGGAUUUAUGUCCAGUGACUCGUCCAGUAGUAGUUUAUCCAGUGAUGAAUAAAACUGUUAUACA